CCAGCGGAAUACAGAGACACACGGACAGAGACACGGAGGCUGCACACAGGAGUCUCCCGUGCGGGUCCGUGCUCCGGUAUCUGCUGCUGCUGCUGCUGCUGCUGCUGCACGGAGGAGCUGUGACUGAGGCGGAGGGGACGGACAGAGCGCGGCGGACAGACGGAGGAGCUGCGCUGUUUGCAGAAGGAAGCGCUGAGCUGGUGGCGUUAGCAGCAGCAGACUCGCUCCCGAAGCUCCGGAGGCUCUCGCGGCUCUGAAGGCUCGGGACUCGGUGCAUGGACGGCCGCACACGGAGGACAGCCGCCCGGGACUGAAGCCGCUCUCCGCUCCUCCGCGCACGGAUCGUUUUGUCGGAUCUUUGUGGCCGCUCCUCGCCUGCCGCGGAGAUGGGCGACAAGGCGCAGGGCACCAGAGUUUUCAAGAAGUCCAGCCCCAACUGUAAGGUGACGGUUUACCUGGGGAAGAGGGACUUUGUGGAUCACCUGGACCAUGUGGACCCAGUUGACGGAGUGAUUCUGGUUGACCCUGAAUAUCUCAAAGAUCGCAAAGUCUUUGUGACCCUGACCUGUGCGUUCCGUUAUGGGCGUGAGGAUUUGGAUGUUCUCGGUCUGUCCUUCAGAAAGGACCUCUACAUCUCCACUUUUCAGGCAUUCCCUCCGGUCCCAGAGGAGAGGAAACCGAACAGCCGCCUCCAGGAGCGACUGCUUAAGAAACUGGGACAACACGCACAUCCAUUCUACUUUACUAUCCCUCAGAACCUCCCGUGUUCAGUGACUCUGCAGCCGGGGCCAGAAGACACUGGGAAGGCGUGCGGCGUGGACUUUGAGAUCAGAGCGUUUUGUGCCAAGUCGAUAGAAGAAAAGAUCCACAAGAGGAACUCAGUGCGCCUGGUGAUCCGUAAAGUGCAGUACGCUCCAGAGAAGCCUGGGCCUCAGCCGAUGGUGGAGACGACGCGCAGCUUCCUCAUGUCCGACCGCUCUCUGCACCUGGAGGCAUCUCUGGACAAAGAGUUGUAUUAUCACGGAGAACCAAUCAGCGUCAACGUCCACGUCACAAACAACUCCACCAAGACGGUUAAGAGAGUCAAAAUAUCAGUGCGUCAGUACGCAGACAUUUGCCUGUUCAGCACAGCGCAGUACAAGUGUCCCGUGGCACAACUCGAGGCAGACGACCAGGUGUCGUCGAGCUCCACCUUCUGUAAAGUGUACACUCUGACCCCCACACUGGACAAGAACCGUGAGAAACGAGGACUCGCUCUGGACGGAAAACUCAAGCACGAAGACACAAACCUGGCAUCUUCUACUAUAGUGAAGGAUGUGACUAAUAAGGAGGUGUUGGGGAUCCUGGUGUCGUACAGAGUCAAAGUGAAGCUGGUGGUUUCCCGUGGAGGAGACGUGUCAGUGGAGCUGCCCUUCAUCCUGAUGCACCCCAAACCUGUGGAGCCCCCAGCCUCUCGCCCCCAGUCUGCGGUGCCAGAGAUGGAUCCUCCCAUCGACACAAACCUCAUUGAGUUCGACACAAACAGCAUGUCCCAGGACGACGACUUUGUGUUCGAGGACUUCGCUCGGCUCCGGCUCAAAGGAGUCGUGGACGACAAAGACGAGGACUGCUAGAAGCUCCGCCCCCCAAAAAAACAAAAACAAAACAACAAAAAAAACACCAGAGAAUUCUACAAAAAAAUCACAGAAAAUCUCAAAAAAAUCCAGCUCCUACACUUAGACGCCGCAGGGUACAGACCAGAGCUGCAAAAACUCACAAAACGCUGCUCUAUGACCGAGGAGAUCAAAAUAUGGACGUCGCGGUGGGUCAGAUGCCCUCCCAGAUUAAAAAAAAAAAAAAAUUUGCGGAUUUGACUUUUGGCUAUUUCUAAUGAAAAUGCCAGAGAAUAUCGCAGAACAGUAGAUAAAAUACGACAAAUUACGUUAAAAAAUAGCGUUUUAAGUCUCAUUCGCGCUGAUCUUCUGGUCAUUUGAAAAGCGUCAGAUGUGGUUUUCGCAGCUCAGAUGUGUAGAGCGUUGUACAGACUGAAAAACAGGAAUUUAAAACUGAAAUGGAUUCGGCUCAGAGCUCAAACUUUUACACAAAAAUCACCACGGAUUUUCAGAUAAGCUAAACGACAUCUUUCGUGUCUGAGUGUGUGUUUCGCUUUCGUGUGUAAAGACAUUUUCAUCGGUUUUGUAAUUACGGUUUCUUGUUUUUGAUUUUGCGUCGGAGCAGCUCAGAGUUUAGGCGAACAUUCCAUUGUUGUUGGUUCUGUGUUCACCAGAGGAAAGUCCAGGUUCAGUUCUGGUUUAGUCCUGUUGUAAGUGCUGCUUUUGACGUGGGUUAGUACAGAGUUGGUCCAGGUUUAGAACUGGGUAACAUCUGAGUUUGACCUGAGUCAGCCAACGGUUAGUACAGAGUUGGUCCAGGUUUAGACCAACUUUAGUCUUGUUUUAGUCCUGGUUUUAGUCCAGAGUCAAACCUGCUUUAAUCUUGGUUAAAUUCUGGUUCACACCUGGUUUAGCCUCGGUUUAAACCUGCUUUAGUCACGGUUAAGUUCUGGUUUGGACCUGGUUUAGUCUCUGCUUAGUCCUGGUUUAAUCCAGAGUUAGUCCUGGUUUAGACUUGGUUUAGUCCUGAGUUAGUCCUGGUUUAGACCUGGUUUAGUCCAGAGUUAGUCCUGGUUUAGAACUGGGUAAUACCUGGGUUUAACCUGGGUCAGCCCUCGGUUAGUCAAGAGCUGGUCCUGCUUCUGUCCAGAGUUUGUCCUGGUUCAGACCUGCUUUAGUCACAGUUAAGUUCUGGUUUACACUUGGCUUAGUCUCUGUUUAGUCCCAGUUUAGUUCUGUCUUAGUCCAUAUUUAGUCCUGGUUUAGAACUGGGUAAUACCUGGGUUUGACCUGAGUCAGGCCUUGGUUAGUCCAGAGUUGAUCCUGGUUUAGUCCAGAGUUAGUCCUGGUUCAGACCUGCUUUAGUCACGGUUAAAUUCUGGUUUGCACCUGGUUUAGUCUCGGUUUAGUCCUGUCUUAGUCUAGAGUUAGUCCUGGUUUAAAACUGGGUAACUCCUAGGUUUGACCUGGGGCAAAGUUAGUCCUGGUUCAAACUUAUUUUAGUCACGGGUAAAUUCUGGUUUACACCUGGUUUAGUCUCGGUUUAGUCCUAGCUUUGACCUGGUUUAGUCGCGGUUUAGUCCUGUCUUAGUCUAGAGUUAGUCCUGGUUUAAAACUGGGUAACUCCUAGGUUUGACCUGGGGCAAAGUUAGUCCUGGUUCAAACUUAUUUUAGUCACGGGUAAAUUCUGGUUUACACCUGGUUUAGUCUCUGUUUAGUCCUGGUUUACUCUCGGUUUAAUCCUGGUUUAGACCCAGUUUCGACCUGCUUUAGUCUUUGUUCAGUCUUGGUUCAGUUCUGGUUCAGUUCUGCUGUAGGCACCGCUCUCGUUGCCUUGAUUAUGACAUUUCAAACACUUCCUCUUUCUCACCAUUCCUUCACGUGUUAAAUCUAGUAACAGAUAAUAUUAUUUUUGUACUUGUGCCGGUGGCGUUUGGGUUUAAAGUGGAGCUCUGAGCCAUCUCCGUCGCGGCUGCGGCGGAUGUGACGAUUGUACAAAUCAGAUUCUAUAUUUGAAUAUUUGAAACGUAGACUCAUCUUUUCUGUGUUUGUUUCUGUGUCUCAUGAAGCUCGGGUCACCAGCGCAAAACUCCUCCUUUUCCUUCUCUCUUCCUCUUUUCUUCCUCUUCUUCCUCCUUCUCUCUUCCUCCUCUUCUUCGCUUCGGACGUUCGGCGAUACAGAUAUCAGCUGUCACUCAGUAUUUUCACUCACAAAUAUAUUUUUAUUCUCACAAAAUAAAAUCCAGAUUAGCUCAAAAUAAAAAAAUAAAAAAGACUACCCAAAUAAUUAGUUUACUUUUUUCUAAAUUAAACCCAUUUAAAGUCUAAUAAUCCGUAUAAAACUUACUUUUUUACUCAUUUGGUGGAUUAGGUUAAUUAAACAGAUUAACUUUUUAUAUUAAUUCAUGUUUUUGCAUAAUAUUUCUGCAAAAAACUUCAAAAACCCUUUACGUUAUUUAGUUUAAAUUCAUCUCAUAUUAUUAUUAAAGGACUGAAAAUACUUAGUGACAGUAAAAAAAUCAUCGAAAUCGUCGCCUCAACAUUUUUUCGGUGUAAAAAUACAUUCAUUUUUUGUGACGAAAAAAUAGAAACGCUGCUGUCGUUUGGUUCUGCGUGAAAUGACUCAAAUCCACUACAAAAAUCUGUGCCUUCAAAAUAAAAACGUUGCCAACAAAAAUAACCAAAAGCCAGAACAGCCCAGAUCCCAAACGCUCUUAAUCUGAAAGGACAAACUCCAGCCUUUUCUUGUUUUAUUUAGAAACAUUUCCCAAUAAAACUCAGAUCAUUUGGACCAAAAAAUGUUCUGAAAUGCCACUUUUAUGAAGUUUAAACUUAAGUGUUUUAAAGCUACUUAAAAACUUUCUGAACGUUAAAAUAUGAAAUGUGUAUUCGUCACGUUAUAUAUUUUUUGCAUUAAAAGAAUUUGCCUUAUUGUAAAAACGUUGCCAUGUUUGUGUCAUAUUUGCUUAUAAAAAAACGUGCCCAAAUUUACAUUUUACAUUUACAUUAUUUUACGUGUCUCCUUGAAAUUUCAGAUAAUUUUAAAAGUGCAAAGCUUUUUUUUUUUUUUUUUAAAGCCAAAAUACGCUGUCGUUAAUGCAUCAAUGUUGUAAUUUCAACGUUUUAUUAUUUGUGGAUGAAGUUCUCAGUCGUGCACUGUAUACAUGUAUCACGAAUCUCAGACUUCCGGUCAUCACACAAUUCAUACUGGGAAGGAUCCUCCGAAAAAGUGAGCAUCAAACCGCCAUGUUUGAGUUCCCAGUGGGAUGCGUCUAUCGAUCUUUUCAAGUCUUUUGAACCAUAUCACUUUUGUUUCUGGUUCUGAUAUUGUCAUAUUUUAGUUUUGAGAUUCGGACAUUGUAAUUGUGUGGUUGUUGAAUGUUUUAACAGGCGAGAAAUGGGCGAGAAAAGUUUGCGAACUCCAUAAAUGCAAAAGUGAAUCAGAUGUGUGUGACUCAAACCUCCGUUCAAACUGUUUCUCUUCCCAACGGAAUUGAAAAAUAGUGAAAGGUGAAAGCGAUGGGCAGGAUUGAUCCACAGGAAGAACCAAAAAUGAAACCUUUGGUUGCCUAAGAAAUCAUCUCAUUUGCAGCGAAGAUGUUGUAUGUGGAGAGCUAUCAAAACAAAAUCCCGUUUGUUAAUGGAGAAGUGCAGAAGACAAACAGUCUGAGCUGCACUUUCUUGUUCUUGUGGUUUUACAGCAACAUCACGUCUUGGUCUCUUUGCAGUGGAAGGUGUUUCUUGGUGAACAGUUGGUGCCUUUCACUUUAACGUUGAGUUUUUAAAUUCGUAAUCAAGGUUGAGCGAGGGAUUGGGAUUUUGCUUUGAGUGCUCCACAUACAAAAUGUUCUCUGUAAACUCGGGAUGAUUUCUUAGGCAGCCAAAGGUUUCCUUUUUGGUUCUUCCUGUGGAUCAAUCCUGCCCAUCACCUUCACCUUUCUCUUCCCAACAGAAUUGAAAAAUAGUGAAACAGUUUGAACGGAGGUUUGAGUCACACACAUCUGAUUCACUUUUGUAGUUAAGGAGUUCACAAACACAUUUCUCGAGCCGUUUUCCACUGUUAGGAUCCAACAACCACACAAUUAACGAUGUCCGAAUCCCAAAACUAAAAUAUGACAAUAUCAGAACCAGAAACAAAAGUGAUAUGGUUCAAAAGACUUGAAAAGAUCGACUUUGUCAAUAGACACAUCCCACUGGGAAAACAAACAUGGAGGUUUGAUGUUCACCAUCCUUCCCAGUAUGGAUUCUGAAAUUCAUGAUGCAUCUGUUGGUUGUUUUCAGAUUUUCAGUUUCUCAUUUUCUUUUUGAUUAUUUUGUACUUUACCAUGAAAUAUCCAAAAGUUAAACUUACAAAUGUUGAACCUGGUAUUUUCAAUUAUCAACUAAACCCAAAAACUCACUGUAUUACAACAUAAUUUUGCAUUUAACAAUCAAAUAAAUACUGUUUAAAGGCAGAUUCAUGUUUUAAUGCAGUGAGUUUUUAUGAGAAAUUAUUUCAGGUUCAACAUUUGUGAAUUUAACUUUCAGAUAUUUCGUGGGAAACUAUGUAAACAAUUGAAAAAAACCGACCCUUGCUCCUGACAUCACAAGCUAGAAUCUGAAAACUACCAAUAAUUAAAAAAUUAAAGUAAAAAAGAUCAACUAUUAAUAUUAAAACACCAAAAUAUGAACUUGCCUUUGAACUUUAACGGCACAAGUGGAAGCAGAAUGUUCCAAAACCUUAAAUUUUCCCAUUUACUCCCCUUAAAAAUCCACACUGUGUCUUAAAUAUUAAAUAAAUAUUUUUGGUGUAAUUUUAACCUUAAAUUUAAACGUUGUGCCAAAACGUGUGAACCAAACGCAGCAGGAUUCGCUUUGAUGAAGGAUUUUUUAUCGUUUCAUUUGGAGAUUUCCGAGUUUUUAAACAGCAGGAAAUGGAGCUGAGUUCAGGAAAUUUGAUCAAUUUAUUAAACUUUACAGUUUUCUCAAGUAAAUUGUUUCAGAUUUUUAAAUGGCAGUAAUUAGUAACUGUUUUUUUAAUUUUGUAAUUUUCCAAAAGUGUUUACUCAGCCUUUUUGGAGCUCCACAGUCUCACCCAGUAAAUUUUCCAUUAAUUUUACCCAUAGACUUAAUAAUAUCAUAACACAGUUGUUUUAUUAUAAGUCCAAAAAACACUUUUAAAACUAAAUAUCCUGCAAAAGGUUUUAGUAACUUAGCAGGUCUUACAGUUCUUGUGGUCAUCAUUUAAUUGUUUUUUUUGAAAGUCUAUGGGAAAAAUGAAGGAGAAUUUUACUUACGGAACUGGGGGGGGGGUCACUGUUGAGCUCCAUUGUGUAAAAUCUGAUGAGGUUUUUAGACAUCAUCCAUGAGUGUUUGAGUAAUCUAGUGAUCUCUCCCAGGCCCUAAACCCUCUUUAAGAUUAGCAGCAGGAGUUACACGUUAAUUCUAAAUAAAUAUACAAAAGCAGGACACAAAACUCAGGGUUCCCGCUUUUUCACUGACAAAAUUUUAAAACUUUUCCAUGACGUUUUCAUGAUCUAAAGUGAAUUUUCCAUGAAUUGAUUGGACUUUUAGGGCAAAAUAUGAAAUGUUAACUCUUUCCACUCACCUUAUGGUUUGAGAUUAUAGUUUUUUAACAUUGAAAAUCAACAAAACAAAACAGGGAGCUACAUAGAACGUGAUCCUUCCAUUUCAGUGCAGACUACAUGACAAAAAAACUUAUUAAGCACUCUUAAAUCUGAAUUCUUUCUGUUCUGACCGUAAUGAUUCACUCCAAGAUCUUGUUUUUUAAAAAGGAAAAAUUUGCAUUUCUACAACUCUUAUAAACACUCAUAUAUAAAUAUACUGUGACUUUUUAACAACAGUUUUGUUUAAAAUUCAUAUAAGUUGCAAAAAUCAAGGCUAUAUUUUCCAUGAAUUGAUCAGACUUUUAGGGCUAAAUAUGAAAUGUGAACUCUUUCCACUCACCUUAUGGUUUGAGAUUAGUUUUUUUAACAUUCAAAAUCCUGUCAGUGCAUUUAUUGUCGUCUCUUUUAAACAAAAGGCGCAGACCUUCGGGAAAAAAUCUUGCAUGAAAGAGAUACUAAAAUUCUACGACUUUUCCAAAACUUUCAAUUUACAAAUUUCCAUGAUUUUUCUAGGCCCUGGUAAAUGACAUUUUCAAUUUCCAUGACUUCUCCAGGAUUUCCAUGACCGUGGGAACCCUGGAAACUGUUGACAAACCUGAUGUGAUGUGCAGGUUUUUCUUUCAGGGGGAUGUGCGCUCUGAAGGGGGAGUGACUUAGCCUGAAGAGCAAAGGGUGGGGAGAGUUCAAAAACAAAAUGGAAACUUUAAAAAGCAAACAAUAUAAACAAUAAAAAUAAUAAUGCGUUAAAUAAUAAAAUAAAAUAAAUAAAUAAAAACUAAAAACAAUAAAAUAACAAUAAAAAUAAUAAUGCGUUAAAUAGUAAAAUUAAAACAAUAAAAUAACAAUAAAAAUAAUGCAUUGUUUUCUGCAAAUACGGCAUUUUCAAAACAAUAAAACGUAACAUAGGGACCUAAAUAUGUAAUGUGUUAGAAAUUAAUGCCUCGUCUUUUCUCCACUUUAAUAUUUUACAUCACAACCUGAAUUUUAAUCUGUUAAAUUUAUAAAAAAAAAAAAAAAACUUAAACUUGGCUCCACUUCCUGCUGCGCUCUGCUCUGAUUGGUCGGUUUCACACAGCCAUUUUUUUUUCGGACAAAGUUGAUGUUUUUAAGUCACACGUGAUGUUUUUAACGCCUCCUGCCGCGCCGCACGAAACGCCCGUCUACGAUAAAAUAACCUGUUUGUUUAGCGUGACGCGCGCGCACACAGGCAGGGGGCGCUCUUCAGCAUGUUUUCUUCGCUGUGCUGUGAAUUUCGAGCCGUGACGUCGGAGUUUUGUCGUGAUUCAAAUUUGUGUGAAAAUAUUGGACGACAGAGUUCUCCUUCGCCUCUAUGGUGACUGAUUCUAAUUAUUAUUAUUAUUAUUAUUAAUGUACAUCGCACCACGACUCUUCAUAAUCAGAUUUGACUUGUAUUUUUUAUGUUGAGAUUUAUUUUAGUUUUCUUUUUAUUAUUAAAGUGAAAUGAAUUUAAA